AUGAUGCUGAAGCACAUCCAGAAGUGGAAUGAGUCGCUGAAGUCCAAGCACAACACAAGAAUCCUUGCGCUGGGUAUGGAUGUGGACGGGAGGUCUCGCCUGAUUUGCCGAUAUAUUCGACCUCAACGGCCGCCAGAUCACAUCCCACCAGAAGAUCCCUUCGCCAUCGAGAUGGCCGCCAGAUAUGUCGCCCUGGUGCCAUCGCUUCAGGACAAUGAGAUGUGGAACGUCGAGGACCUAUGGUGCACAGACCAGGAGUUUCUGGACAUCCAGUGCGGAGAUUGGGAGGAGCACUGCAUCCUUCUCUGCAACUACUUCAACUACAUUGACCGAUAUCGGCGGGCUCAAGUGCCUGGCUAUAGCUCCACCGACAUCCAGUCCUACUGCGUGAUCUGCGAUCUGGUGCCCGAGGGCGAGGCGGUGGUGGUACUGCGCAAGGACCACGGUACCGGGAACUGCGAGUUCUGGCACGCCCUCAAGGGGAAGUGCUUCUUCUUGCCUGCCACGCAUCGCAGCGGCUGGAGCCUUUGCGGUGAGGAGACGCUGACCCGUGCCCUGAACUCGGAGGCAGACGCAUCGCGCUCCACGGUCAUGGAGGCCUCUGCUACGGUGCCCAUCCGGCGAGUGCACGUGGUCUUCAAUGCGGAGAACGUCUGGGCGAACCUCCAGCGCAAUGUCAGGGACGCCCACAAAGGUGGCGCUGCCAUUUCUUGGGAUCUGGAAGACACGCGUCGCUGGAAGCCGCUCUUCAGCCGCCGGGAGGAGUUCCGCCGGCUCUCUGGGCUGGCACCAGGUGAGGUUGACGCUCUGGAUCCCAGACAUUCCUGGCAGCUCGAGGACGCGGCGGAAGCCUUGAAGUACCAGCCGGCGGAUCCUGCGCAGGCCACACGGCUUGAGUCGAUGCUGCAGAGCCAGUUGGAGCAGGACAUCAUCAAUCAUCGAGCUGGCCUUGGUGCAACGGAGGGCCACAGCAGCCACAGCACAAAGUUCAACCACAUCAUCGGAGACAAGUUAGGACAGCUGCUUGAAAGGCUCGAAAUGUUUUCCAACUGUUCCCGCUUGGGCACCGGCUUGGAGUCCUCCUUCCCCUUGCGGUCAUCUGCUGCUAUGCCUGUGACUCGCCAGGCGAUUGAGGAGCAAAUGCAAGACUUCGAGAACGACUUGCGCAUCGGCCGGUCUGGGCGGAGUGUCUUUGGCGUGCCCUUUAAUGAGCCCUACAAGGAUUACAGUCUCAUCUGGGAUGGGGUGAAGCAGUCCCGGGUCUUGGAGCUCGGUGGGGACCGAGCGGACUUCGCGCUGAAAGUGCGGGUGUUUCCAUAUGCAUGUGGGGUGCUGAGCAUCUGGGUGUUCAUUGCAGUGGCAAUGGGUGAAGACUAA